AUGCGGCUGAACCCUGAAGUUGCGGUAAAAUUUGUUGAGUUUUAUGUGAAAAAUAGUAAACUCUUUCAAGAACAAGAUGAGCAGGAAGAUUUCGGAAUUUAUGCCAGAAAGGGCUAUCGGGAGGACAGAAUCGAGCAACUCAACUUUCAACGUGCCAAGUUUAUAUUCGUGAGUUUCUUUUGCAUUCUUUUCUUGAAAAAUCGACUGCGUGAAAAUUGUUCGAGGUGAAGUCGAUCGGUUUUGUCUUUUUUAGCUCUUUUUUUGUGUUUGUAAAGUCGGGAUUCUCAAGGAUCCAUUAUCCAACUUCGUAUAGCUGUUUUACCUCGUUCCUCAAAAAUUUUUGUAUUUGGUUACCUAAAAUAAUGUUUUUCCUUUGUUUGAUGACGGGUUUAUGUUGAGUUUGACCCAGUAUACGGGUAGAUGAAGCUUCCUUGGCAUCUGAUUAUAACACUUUUUCGAUUUAUCCAUCCAUCCCCGCUAUACGUUAGAUAUUACCUUCAUUAUUACCUAAAGUAGUAUCAGAUGUAAUUUAUUUUUUUCCAGGGGAUCUCAAGGUUUUAUCGUGGAAGAUUGAGGAAGUCUUUGGAGAGCCUAAGGAUUGAAAUCUACACCCAUCAUGAAUUCCCCGACUACGUGGUUUGUUCUCACGGUUCUUCUCGGAUUUUCUGUGUCCUCUUGGCUCAAUUCGUCGAUUUUUAUCUUCAUGUCCGCUUUAUUCCUGGGUACGUCCAUGUCUGUGAGGAAUCAUUGGUUCGCGUGUGUGUUAUUCGAUCGAACGCAACUUGCAUCAGAGGUAAGGUAUUGCUUUACAAUUUUAUUCAAUUAUAGGUAAGUUAUGACGAAUCCUUACGUAAAAUUUCUGCGUGAAUAGCUGUUAUAUGAUCCAAUCUAUGACCAAGUGAUCUGUUGUUUAGGAUACCAAAGUGAUUCUUUUGGAGCGUCAGAUGCCCUCAGUAUUCUCUGUCAAUGUACUACCCUGGCUACAAAUCCAGCUGUCCUAAAACAUCUUUGUAGUCCUCUUUCGACCAAUACCUGUAAACUUCGCUAUACCAAGAAUGCCUCGAUGAUAACUGGCGAUUUCUAUACACCAAAGCUUUCGGCGAAUAUUAUAAAGGCUCACGUCAGAGCGGAUAAGGUCAAUUUCUUCCGACGUUUACCACAGUAAGUAAACAAUAUUUUCUAUUUUGCUAGAGGAAAGGCCUUAAUGAGUUGUUUUCAGCAGUAUCUCGCUGAGAAAGAGCGUCCAACAACUCGAUCUUAUGUUAGUCAGCAGAUCUGCGCGAGCCUACUGUAUAAGGGAUGACAUUGAAGCAAUUUUGCGGGAUUAUUAUCCAUGUCUUCGCGAAAUCAGUUUCAAACUUUAUUGGGUUUCUGUGAGUUUUUAUUUGGUUCGGAUUGGAUUGGCUUCUUUUACUUUAUUUUGGUCAUCCUUUAUCCUUUUUUGAUUUUUUAGGUAAUAAAAAUUUAGUCGAUUUUCUGGAAAAUAAUAAUCCUGAGGACGAUUCACAUUUUUUUUUGAGAUGUUUGCAGAACAGUAAGCCCUACAUCCGUGAUUUUUGCGGCGAAGUUCUCAAACUUUAUAAUGCUGGACUCUAUGUAAAAUUGGGAGUUUUAUGGUCAAGGAGGAAGGAAAGACACGAUUUGGACUUCUUGAUCAAGGCUGGAAGCAAUUUUAUGCCCGACGUUACACCUGAUGAUGUAGCUGAAGAAGAAGGAGCCCUCGUUUUUCGAUAUAAAAUGGACGGCUUGGACAUUCAUUUAGCCGCUGAUCCAAAGGUUCCAGAAAUAGGAUCCGUGUUUUAUAAGAACGUGGAACGAAUGGAUUGUGGAUGUAUGAACAUUUGA